UUAUGACAGCUGUCAUGUAAUAAUGAGGGUAGACUGAUAAAACAAAAUUAGCUGUCAAAGUUCGUGUGGCAAAACCAGUGUUGACCAACGUAAUUUUUUACCUGAAUGACCAAAAAGUUAUUUCCAGAUGUGAAGUGGAAAUAGCUGAUAAUUUCAACCUUUACUUUGUUAGCAGUAUUUGUGACAUUGUAAAAAUUAUCCAGUCGGAUAAUAUAUAUGUGGAUAAUCAUCUAACCUGUGAUGCAGCUACGGUCCUGAAAUUUAGACCCAUAUCAUUCGAUGAAUUGAAAGAAAUUAUACUUUCAUUUGAAAAUAAAACAUACGGUGAAGAUAUUUUGAAUACCAAACUUCUUAAAAAUACUUUGCACUCGGUUGGUCAUGUAAUCUUGAAUUUUAUCAACACUCACUAGCUUAUGGAUGCAUUAAAAUUUCACAAGCAUGAAUCUCCAAAAAGGAUAUGCCUGAGCAGUUGGCUUUCAGGAUUUCAACCAAUUGGCUGAAAGAACUCACAUCAGAUCCCUGAGCAACAAUACGGUCUGCAGUCCUUUUACAAACUCCACCAUUGCCGUCCGGGGCACCUUUACCAUGUCCGGCCUCAUGGUAGUUCCAGCAAUUUUCUAUAUUGUGGUUAGCUAUGUGCAUACUUGCGAUAUAGGUAUAUCAAGUUUUCAAAACAGUACUUCAGGUGAAAAAAAUGGCAGGUAUUAUCAAGAGACAUCCGCUAGGACAUGGCACGGGACUGACAUUUCAGUGGCAUUUUCCCAGUUAUUUUGUUCUAAAUGGAAGAUAAAUAUUUCAUAUAGUGUGCAAACCGUAAAAAAUAUGUAGCCAAACGCAUCGUAUCAGAUAAUUACAUUGAAAAAAUUAUAAAAAAUCAGUUAUUAAAAGGAACUUACGAUGACUCAUGUUAGGGAUAUUAACCCACUUAUCAAACACAAGAGCUGACAGAAUUUGUUAAAUUUAUUAUAUCUGAAUAUAUAUGUAUGUACUUGUGAAAUGCUGUAAUGCUACCAGUUCUUGUUGUUGUUGAAAUUAGGAUUUUUUUUUUCUAAAUAAAGGACUAUUUAC